AUGGGCGCCUGGGCACUCACGCUCUUCUCGUGCGAUUACGACCUAAACCUCGUCGCGGAGUUCGACGAUCAAGCUGGCCUCACUGAACUCGAACUAGCGGCCGGAGGCAAGGACCGCUAUACCGUCCAUAGCUUCCCUCGCCCACCACAUGCCUGCGACGAUGAGAUCAGAUACUCCCUCUACGCAAAGCUGUGCUCCGACCCGGAGAAGGUGCGCCAGUACCUGGACUCUGGAGUCAUUGGCCGGAUGAUGGAUCAAUAUGGUCGUGAGCUGGUCGAAGCGAACAAAUUCUGGCAGACCGACGCAUACGGACCAGGAUACCAGCUCAUCAUUUUGGGCUGCUGCGCCAUGACACUGGGCGCUCACUUGAGCCAACAAGAUCGAGACCUCAUGCAGGCGCACUGCGGAUCCGUGCACCUCAUGCGGCACGCCGUCAAGCAAGUCCAAGCAGCGCUUGACCCGGAUGAGGGCUAUGUCAACGGGGUUCCAUGGGACUUCAUGACCACGUCACUCGACACGGCCGACGAUGAAGACCUACUCUUCCCGGGUACUGGAUUAAGCAACUGCAUGGCACCGGACCAUGGCCGGGCAAACCUCGCGUUCAAUCCAUGCAAGGGGCAAGACAAAGAGCCCGUGGCAUCUCAAAAGGCUGCCGGUUAUAUGAGGUAUUUUCCGGAUGGGCUCUGCAGCUUCUGUGGCUGUAGAAAGGGCGAGGAUUCGGAAGCACUCUUGGUGUGCAGCAGGUGCAAGAGCCAGCGGUACUGCGGCAAAGACUGUCAGAAAAUGGCGUGGAGGUAUCACAAGAAGGAGUGCCGAGUGUCGAAGGCCUAA